UUGGCUGUAUUUUGGGAAUUAGAGAAUUUCCCAACAUUAUUUAGGGAAAGCGAUGGGGAUAGCAUAUUAUAUAUUAUUAUUUAUUGUUUUUGGCUCGAAAAAAAAAAUUCAAGGCCAUGCGUAUUUACCGAUAUACCCCUGGGCUGAGACCGACUCCAAUCGUCAUUGACUUAUAAACAUUCAUUAGUUCGGAGGAUGAUGGUGAAUGAUCAUAAUUCCUAAUUCCAACAUGCACUCCAAAUCCAUCUCUUCUCUCUCUCCUCUAAAUUCCCCUCAAAAAUCAAAACCCAUCAAAACCAUUCCCAAUCACACAUUUUCUUGUAAACCCACUGACCCAUUUUCCUCACCUUCAAAAAACUCCAAUGUUGAGAUAAGGGUGUGCACAAACAGGACUUGCAGGAGGCAAGGAUCUUUGCAAAUUCUUGAAAACCUUUUGGGAAUUUCACCUGCCCAUGUUUCUGUAACGUCCUGCGGCUGUCUCGGCCGCUGCGGUAGUGGUCCUAACCUUGUGGUAUUGCCUCCUGCAGCCAUGAUUAGCCAUUGUGGGACGGCGGCUCGUACCGCUGAGCUCAUGGUUGAGGUCUGUGGUGCAGGGGUUGAUGAUUUUGAUCUUGCUAAGAGGAGCUUGGAUGCUCUUGCUUUUAGGAAGAGGGCUGAGGUUGAAUUUGAGAAGCAAAACUACUCUGAAGCUGAAAAUUUAUAUUCUCAGGCGAUAGAAGCUAAACCAAUAGGAGGCGUUCAUAUUACAUACAAGGGCAGGUCUGCUGUAAGGUUGGCAUCAGGCAACUUCAGUGGGGCUCUUGAAGAUGUUAGAGAAGCUCUAGUAUAUGCCCCACUGUAUGCUGAGGCUUAUAUUUGCCAAGGCGAUAUUUUCUUAGCAAUGGAUCAACUAGAAGAUGCUGAGGGAUCGUAUGCCAUAGCUUUGAACAGUGAUCCUUCUCUCCGUCGUUCAAAAGCUUUUAAGGCUCGAUUUCAGAUGCUUCUAGAGAAAAUGACUUCUGUAGCCAUGUCUUGACUAGCUAAGAAUUUUGCUGCUGUGACUGAAGAUGGAUAUCUUCUACGUUGUUCAGAGUAGUCAUCUCACUUAUGCUCCAACCUUUUACAAGUACAUAAUCUUUAAUGAAGCAUGUGAUGAUCCAAGCAGCUCAAUCAUGGACUCAAGCUGCACAGCAAGCAGAUGCAACCAAUCCGAGCUACUGGUUUACUCGAGGCUCCUAUUGGCUUUUAUCACAUCGCCCUGCUCAACAGAUUAUAGUUAGUUAUUAUGACUUAUGAGGAAAAGUCUGUCAAAGUUUGUAAGCUCUUUCAUUUCAGUUGUAUAAGUAAUGAUCGUACUUGCUGUAUGCCUGUAAUCAUAAUUCUCAUGCUUAAUUAAAUGAGCUUAAUUUCUCUCUCUA